UCGGGACGGCAUGUAAAGUUGCGGUUUAUUUGUGCAAUCAAUUGUAAACUUCGAGAAAAGACAUAGGAGAAAAAUAAAAUAGUAUAGUUAGCCACAUACUAUUCUAUUGUCUUGAAAAGAUACAAGUGAGAUAAAAAUGGAGGAAGUAGAAAAUGAGCAGGAGUACAAAAGAUCUAAGGAUCGUAGUCCAUCACCGGGUGUCAAAUCAACCGCCGUGGUCAAAUACACAGCAUUUCAAAGUCCCGUCGGCUAUGCUCGGCUGCAAUGCAAUACAGACUUGAAUCUCCCCCCAUCCAACUGGGGAGCAGCCAUAGAUUCCUAUGGCUUGAAGCAGAUUUUGACCUCUGGCACUGGUUUGUCUAGCUUCAGGAUGGCCCACAUGUUCCCCGAUUGUGUCGGAGAGGUGGACGUCAUAUCAGGUGCUGAAUGCAUCAAGAAGUUGCUUAAGUUGCCAUAUCAGCCUAAUGGGACGGUGAGUAUGAUGGUGCACCGAGUGGAGAACACACUUUUGGUGGACGACUUUGAUGUUUACGACUACCUGAUGAAGUCCGAGUGGUCCUGGCUCAAGGAUUUCUUCUACGAGAAUAUAUUGAAGACCAUGUCGGAGAAGGAACGUAUGAUGGUGACGGCAUGCAGCGCUCCCAGCUCAGCGCUGCUGACUCACAGCUUCCUGUCGCAGAGUGUGCUGCCCCCGCCCCCCACUCCGCGCCCACACCCCGACACACAUCACAUCACAGGUCCAUUCCUCCCUGAGCCGGAGACCAAAUCGGACGAGAUACCAAAAGAACAUUUGUACAACCGCAACGUUCUAUGGACGUUCGAGGACAUUCAUAUGCUGAUAGGCUCCGACCUCCCGAUCUUCGGGGACAAAGACCGGCCCUGCGUCAGUUUGCGACUACGGGACGCCAAGGACCCUAUAAACGUAUUGACCGGAAUAGAUUAUUGGCUCGACAACCUUAUGUGUAACGUCCCAGAAGUGCUAAUGUGUUACCACCACGACGGAAUAGUCCAGAAAUACGAACCUAUGAAGACUGAAGACUUACCAAACAUGGAACAUUCUAGAUUCUCCCCGAAAGUAGUGAGAAAUGUCGCUCAGAAUAUCUUGUCCUUCUUAAAAGCGAACGCAACAAAAGCAGGACAUACAUAUUGGUUGUUCAAAGGGCCACAGGACGAGAUAGUGAAGUUGUACGAUCUGUCCAGCUUAUGUCCGGACAAUUUGGACAAUCCGUUCACGACACCGGUGGCAAUGUUGUUGUACAGAGUGGCGAGGAAUAUGCGUUUGACGAAUAGAACGAGACAUGUGAGGCAGUUGUUGGAACACGUGAUCGAGUUGUUGAAGGUGGAAAGUCAUCCGCAGAUAGUUGCCUCCUCGCAUUACAUGCUGUCGGAUUUGUAUGUUCCCGCUACCACUAAUCCGGCCUCUCCCAAUUUCAAAGAAGAAAGUUCAGACUCUGACAACGAAGAUCCUGAUUACGCGAAAUGCGCAGAAUUCAUGAAAGACUUGUCGAGUGAGCGAGACGACAGCACCUCAGAGAAUGUGUGCGAGAAGGACAGCAAUAUUGUAAAAGAUGACAGUGGAAAAACUGAGGAGACCUCCGAAGAAGUAGUCAUAGGAAAUGAGAAUGGAGAAGAGGAAGAAAAUGGGGAAGAAAAGGUGGAGAAAGUAGGGGAUAGUGAGGGGGGAGAGGUAGAUAGUAACAAAUUGGCGCUGUUGACAAGAGGACUGGCUUUGAGCAAUAUUGGGGAUCGAAUGAAGAGCAAGAAGGAGAACGAAAAAAGCAGUACUUCAAGUAAUAAAUUAGGUUCCGGGGCAGCGGACAGGUGCGGGCGGGCACUCAAACACGCGUUACGGGGACUUCUAGCCUUACACAACGUCACUAUGAGGAAAUGUCAGGAAGAAGAACGCGAGCGACUGAAACAACAAAUAAUAAUAGAGGAGCAACAUCCCAAAAUGGCGAACCCGUCCGAACCAAUCAAAAUGGACUACGAACCAAUCGCAAAGGGGACGCAAAACCAACGCGGGCGCCGUCGCAAACGCGAUCGGAAAACUACUGAGAAAUCACCAAACGCCCUGAUAGAAUCCACUCCGGGCGUAGACAAGAACGCUAUACUGAUACGGAAGGAGAAAAACACAUAUCCGACAUGGCAAGAGCCGAAUAGAGAUGACAACUUUGCCUGGAAGUUGCAUUUGAAAACUUUAUUAUACGAAAAGAUAUGCCUCGCGUAUGCAACGUUGGCGGAAUUUUCGUAUGCGAACGAACAGUACGGCUUCUCGUUGAAAUAUAUCGAUAUGGCGAGCAAAUGUCAAAAGUUGUUAUCGAAUAUGAUAAUAAAAAGUCGGGUGGUCGACGCUAGCUGUCUGAUAGGGAGGGUGGGGGACAAUUUCUUUCAGUUGAGCAAGCAUUGGCACAGAUUGGAACAGUUUAAGAAGCAGUUUGAGACGGACCACGAUAUAGAUAGUAAGAUGAGGUUGGAGAUUGAGAAUGACAUGGCCGAGGAGGUAGAUGGCGUUGCCGGCGAUGAGUUUGACCUUGAUAUAAAUCUGCCAAGCAACGAAGCGGACUCAAUGCUACUCUCGUGUAGUUAUUACCGGCGGGCGUUGAGGGCCGCGAACGACAAGCGCGGCGAGCUGCUGAGGAGGCUGGCUUCUGUGAAUAAUGAGCUGGCUGUGCGGUACAUGAACGAUGGACAACAAAUCUUCAUGAAGUACGUGGAAGAGGAGAAUCAAAAGGACCCGAAGGCCAAGCUCCUUCUCCGCCAAUUCACGAACAUGUCCAAACGUUCGGCAGAGUGUCUCGACGAGGCGACCAAGAUAUUUGAAGAAGUCCACGAUGUGCCAAACUUGGCCCUACUUUAUUGCAACAAGGCCAGGUAUAUGAGGUUUAAGGCCCAUUGCGACCAGGGGGGCUUCAACACAGACAAGCGUGGCCUGUACAGCCAAGCGGAGGAGCUGUACACAACGGCCCUCAAGCUGCUCGGCGGCCGCGAGAGCUGCGGCGCCCGCGCCGUGUGGGACCUGGUGGCCUGGGAGCUCUCCUGCCAUCUCUACACCACCGCUGUGCUCAUGCAGGACAAUCCUAGAUUUAAUGAGGCGAAUGAAGUGGCUGAAGCUUUUCGUCACGCCCUGAAACACUGCCAUCUGUCGUCCGGACCUCGACAAUAUUUGUAUCAGUUCAGAGCCGCAAUGAUUUAUCACCGAUUGGGUUCGCUGUACCACUCGCAAUACAGGUUAACGAGAGAAGAGGGUCCGCGCCGGCGCACUCUGUUCGCGCGCACGCACGCGAGCUACGCGCGCGCCGCAACCGCGCUCGCCGCGCUCGGCGACGGCGCCGGCUUCCUCGCCGCGCAGCUCGAGCAUGUCGCCUUGCUCGAGGCUCAGGCCGCUGUGACACCUAACCUCAAACUGAAGUCGCUCCAAUCGGCCAUCCAGCUGUUACGCCAAUGCCACUCCAUAAUGAAACUGAUCAAGGAAAGGGACACGGAAGACCAGAAGGAAGUCCCGAAAAGCGAAGACAUAGACGAAAAGUCUUCGAGAAACGAGCACAGCCUACUAUCUCUAUACGAAUGUCGGUUACAUUACAUACUAAAGAGUAUUAUCCAAUAUUGUAGAUCGAAAUCUAAUAAAGAUUAUGAGAAAAUGACGGACAUGUACAAGAAAUUGUAUUGUGCAAGUUUGAAAAUAAGAAAAGACGAAGAUAUUAGGUUGUAUGCGAGCAGUAUCUGUGAUGUUUUGGUGGCUAUGGACGGGAUUUGCAAGGAGUUUGAAUAGUUACGUGUGCAAAUUAUUGGCUAUUUAAUAUACAGAAUAGAGGUAUUUAAUUAACGAAACGGGAUAUUUUUUUUGUCAGUUGGGAUAGUUGUGUGAGUAAAAAUAUGUGUAUAUUAUAUUACAAUUCACACAAUGAAACACGAUUCUGUUUAUCGAAUGUUUUGAUAAAUUUUAAGUAUUUUUCAAAAUCUUAUCAAAGUAUAAUCGAAAUCCUUUAACUGCAAAAAAUGUGAUGUCACUCGUUAUCACUGUCAAAUAUAUUAUUGUUUUUGACGUUUUGAUCUAAAUAAAAAAAUGGAUUUUGACGGCAAAUACCUUUUUUACCAAAACUGUGACUUGUUGCAAAUAGCCAAUUGAAGUGUAAUGUAAUAUUUUUAUUAUAACGUAGUAUAAAAGGGCCGUAGUCAUAUCAUCGCACCGCUCCACCCGAUGACCUGACAAAAUAAUGUUCACCGAAAAGUGAGCUUUAAAACGUCGACUGUAGACAUAGUUUACAUUGACAAAACGAGAGCUGCCAGUAUUUUAGUACGAUGCUCGAUUGUUGUCAAUGAAAAGUAUGUCUUCAGCAGACGCAAUAAAGCUCACAUUUCUAUGAAUAGUUAAUUCGACUAUGGCCUUUAAUUUUAAUAAACUUUAAUGAAUUUCACCGUCACAAAAAAUGUCUCUCGAAUCAAUUCAACUCAAUCUUGGAUGUAGUAUAUUUUUUUAAUUAUUAUUUAUACCUAUUUCAUAGUUCAGUUUAGUUCUAUUUAUAUACUUCCUAGUGAUUUUGUAAUGUGAAGAGAAAAAUGUAUUGUUGAUCUUUCUAGAAUGUUAUGACCAUAGAUUUAGUAUAUAGCUGUUAUGAUUAUAACUAAUUACACUUUUGUGAUAGUUUAAUGAAUUCUCAAUCAGAUUUUUUAUUUAAGAAUCUGUUUUGUUGACAUACCUCUAUUUUAUGUCGCGUUAUGAUGAUCCGACGUUGGCGAAUUGCAGCUUUGUAGUCAUACAAAUAAAGUUCAAAGUUGAGAAGCAAUAUUUUUGUUAUUACACAUUCGCUCAACAAUUUUGAGCUUUAUAAGUAUGUCACAGAGUUGAAAUUCGCAAACGUCGAAUUCUAACACAACGUAGAAAAAGCAACCAAGGGAUUACAGAUGAAUGAUUGAGGUAAUUGUUUAUUUUAUUAGCUGUACAAAUGUUGCCAGUAUAGAAUGAUAAAUUUACCGAUUGCAAACAAGAUAAAAUUAAACUAAUUGUUGAAUGUAAUCUCGGUGCCAUUGAAGUAACAGGUUGUGUUGCCAUUUACAAAUCGUUAUUUCACGUUGUCAUAUUUCGAAUGAGUCUAAAUAGAAGCUAAUACAUACAUACGAGGGUCAGUGCCCUGUUAUCCUCUCUGUCAGAAUAUAAGUUACCGUCUCGUAUGUUUUAGUCAUAGAGAGUGCCUGCAGAUGUAGAACGAAAGACUGAUGUUAAAAAAAAAAUGUAUUUUAUAAGCUAGACUAGACGAAAUAAAAAUAUUUUUAUUAA